AUGCAGCCAGCCAGCUGCGCCCGGCCCAGCAUUUCGACAGACACCUCCAAUAGUGCCCAACAAUGUACUGUCGAUCAGGGCCUGACGAGCGGCAAAGACGACACGCCGGUGCCGCAGUCCCGAAAGAAGUCCAAGGAAGACAUCGAAUCGUCGAUCCAAACGAGUGUGACUGGUCAGCGGGCACGCAAAACUUUCCCUGUUGGCAACAAAAACACGCCGAAGCACGCUGGUAGCAGCGCCACUUCCACUGCAGGUUCGACUGAGCCUAAACAGGCUCAAGUUCCCCAUAUGGUGAACAUUCCGAACCCAUUGCCUACUUCUCUUGGCAAUGGCUUCAAAGCGGACUUCAAGAUCACCGGUUCACGGGUCGCUAUGGCGGAACCCGGAAUCAUUGGUCCUGCGGUUUCCAUUUUGAUGGUAUCCAACACCGGGAGCAGCAACGGGUGCACGGUAACACCCGUACCAACAACGCCAACGACGUCGGCAGUUCCAUCACCAACACCGGUGCCGCCAGCUACUGGUGCCCUUGACUCGCCAAUCGCCUCCACCAAGGUUGAGCAACAAUAUGGCGCUUUAUCGGAGCGUUUACCAAGCGGUACAGAUGUCAUUGGAGGAACGGACGUCGAAUCGUUGGCCAAUCUGCGGCCUCCACCACUGCAAGCAAAACCCACUGCGGCUCCAAUCCCUGGUAACACGGGCGAGGUGAUGGCCGUUUCACAAUCUCGAUCGGCACCGACGGUUUCGAAUUUAGUGGUCCAGGCCUCUGCUCGGAUGGCCGAUUACUGUCAACGGUUGUUAGAGGACAUGCUGACCGAAUUCGCCUCCCAGGGUUCACUGGAGGCAAAGGUGGCUCAGCUCCAUUUGAAGCUCGAGAAUGCCGAGAAACGGCACCAAGUGGAGCAGGCGAGGCUAACGGAAGAGCAUGGUAUGCAGCUGGAAGAGCAGCGGCUGAAACUGGAGCGAGAAAAGGACGCUGCUAUGCGCGAGGUGCGCCAGAACGCUGCCGCAGAGAAGGAUCGGGCCGUGGCACUGGCAAAGAAAACGCAAUGGUGUAAGCGGUGCCCCAAGGAGGCGAUGUAUUACUGCUGCUGGAACACCUCAUACUGUCACCCGGAAUGCCAGCAAAGCGAUUGGUCUUCGCACCAGAAAGUGUGUACUCAAGUACAGAACCGUGCCGAGAGACCGGUGGUGGCUAGCGGCAGUACGGUGGCCUCUGGUUCACCCGACAACUCAGGCGCCUCGUCGACCGAUGUAAUCGUGUUGGACGAUUCACCAGUGCGCGCUGGAAGCGCCGGUCGGAAACGACCAUCUGCAAGAGUUUCGCCGUCGGCUGGUGCAAAAGCACGUAUUAUACCAAGAAGUACGUUCAAUGGCCCCAUAACAUACCCGAAACCGAUACAGAUUACCACCGAUGUGGUCGGUAACGCGACCGAAACGGGCGAACGCAGGCAUGUGUCUUCCGUCAGUGUUUUGCCAAGUAGCUCCGGACCAGUAAAUACGACGGCAGUACGCAUCACAAUGCCAGCGAAUCGACCUCUACCGCCAGUGAUUGCACCAAGACGAUCGACCAGUCAACAAACGGCCGAACGGCCCAAGUCGAACAGCAUGCACGGCACCACACAUAAUAACCCCUAUGUGCCUACUUGA